AUGGAUGGCUUAAGUUUUACGGAAACUAAGUUCAAUGAUGAAGGGCAUAAAUCCCGGGCUAGUCCACUUGGGGCACUCGGGGCUCAGAUAACUCCCCACGACCCUAGAGUUAAGAAGCUCCACCAGUGGCGCGUACUUAACACACCUCGGAGUCUUGUACUGGUUAAUCGACGCCCCUUGGCUAAUCGCAUAGUCCAUCAGUUUAUCAAACGUCCCACUCUCCACUACCUUGAUCUCCAGUGGCCCAAUCGCCUCAAACACUCGAUUCUGCCUGUACACCGUGUCCAGCGAAUCCUCCACCGCCAGGCAGCACUCCUCCAGCACCGAUCCCGGAAUUCCCUCCGACCCUUGCCCGAGCUCCCAGUAAAGCACAUAAUGCCCCGGGACAGUGUUCGUGUCCGCAUAGCUCGUGUACUCAAUCAAACGGGCCCCAAAUGGUGCCAGGUGUCCCGCUGCACUCCGCACCGCAUUCUGCAGCUCCACCUCCCCCGUCUUGUCCGUGUCGAUGCUCAGCACCACGUUUUUGCGGCACACGAAGUUGAACUGAGGGGCGUUGUUCUUGAAUCCCGCCACGCGCAGCACGUCCCCGACUCUAUACCUUCCUUCUUGUUGCGGUUGACCGUAGCACAUGGUGGGGAUGAGGGUGUAGGCGACUUCGCUGGGCUUGCAGAGCGGGUCGAGAUUCACUCCAAAGUAGCACUCGGAGGAGGCGUACAUGGUGCAGACGAGGGGGAGGCCGCCGCCCGUGUAAAACUCGAGUGUCGGGAUGUACUGGGACAUGGUCCCGGUUACUAUAACGUCCACGUAUUUCGUAUUUGGCCAGAUGCGGGUGAUUAUCCCCUGCCACGAGUCCCGGCCACCGCACUCGGUUUCCACGAAGGCGGCGAGAUCCGGGUCGGGUUUGAGGAUCCGGGUCACGGCUUCCCGGACAGACGGGUCGGUUAUGAGCGGGUUGAUGGUUCCGACGGCGCCGACGCGGAGGACUUCGAGGCGCUGGCAGAGGCCGCAGAGCAUCUGGGCGUACAUGCUUUGGUAGGAGUCUGGGCAGAGGAUGGCCUCGUUGGGGGAGGUGUAGUUGGUGUAAGGGUCGAAGGGGCGGUUUUUGAAGUGGGUGGAUUUGUAGUAGCUGGUGAGGACGGGGCGGGCGGGGAGGCCGCCGGGGGUUUUGGUCUCGCAUUUGAUGAAGAGGAAGCUGUAGAGAAGGGACCUCCGCCCCAUCUCCUCUUCGAUCGUCGGCAUCAUCUUGCGUUCACCGGCAGAUGUCCCCGAACUGCAUCCAUCCCCACACACAUAUAUAUUAAAGAACUCGAAGAUGGGUUGGGAGCAGAGAAUGGGGGAGGUGUCGCCGUUGGCUAUGCGGUUGAUAUCAGGCAGGAUGUCAUCGUAGGAGACGACGGGCAAAAUUUUCUUGAAAGUUUCGCGGUCGGUCCUCCCGUCGAGGGCGUGCCUCUUCAGGUACUCGACAUCGGCAUUCCUGGAGAGUAUCUCGGACAAGACACGCUUUUGGACCUCGUCGGCGUUCUUGGUCACGUCCUCGAUGUACUCCAGUUUCUUUCGGUUGUUCUCGGUCAUGCUCUGCUCGCCGGAUUCUUUGGGCGCCUCAGGCAUAAUGCUAAUAUUAUUUAUUAUUAUUAUAUUAUUAAUAUCUGGUAG